AUGAAUGCCAGCAACGGCUCUCUCCACCUCGUAGGCAAUAUCUUUGACUCGACGAGACUGCUCUUUGGUGACGCCUACACGGACGCUGUCAAGCCGUACCUAUGCAGCAAAAAGGGCUCAGACAAGUUUUGGAACAUCUUGACUUUCAAUUGUCAUGUGCACAAGUUGUUCGACGGCGGACUGUUUGGACUCCGUCCUCUCCAGGUCACUGUGUCUGGAGACGGGGAGCCUGAGAGCUAUCGUACUCAUUUUUCAGCUCAUUGGAUGCCACAGACUGCCAUUGUCUCAAACGAAGAGGACAUUAUCCCAGAUGAGGAAACUAUGAAAGCAAUGAUCUUGGAGACUCCCGACUACAAACACAAAAAGAAGCAAAUGAUCUGCUCGCAUAGAUCCGAUGGAUCUCCCGUUCUCGAAGGCGAUCGUUAUAGCAUCAAGUUUGACAAGUUUGAAGACGCCCGCUUCAUGUUUGCGAUGCUGAAUUACCGAUGGGCUGUCGGCGUUAUGCGCUGUUUGGUUGGCGCUGCAGGUCUCUCCGAGAAACAAUACGACCCCGACAAUGAUCAAGACGACUCAGCCUAUGCAUUCACCUAG